AUUUACUGUGAAGUGUUUAAUUACAUGGUUGUAACCAGAGCUUAACCAUUCCUUCAAAGUAUCGCAGCAAAAAUAACUUUUAUUUUUGUUCCAAGGACUGCAUAAUUUCUUCAUUGUUUACGAAACCGUUUACGUACAUUACCUAAUACCAAUCAAUAUCAGUACAGCAUCGUAUUAUUCGUAUUUGAUAACUUGCAGUAAAUUUCACAGAAGAACUGCAUUAAAAUGUAUCUUUUAACACAAAGUAUUGUUCAUUACUUAGUAGUCGUUAAAUGUGUUCAUUGUACUCCCCCUAAGCGCCCAUAAUGUGUCGCUGGGGCGUCAGAGUCAGUUGCCGCGCAAACAGGAUAAGGGCAAGACUGAAAUGAUAAACACAUAAAAAUAAUUGAUCUUAUUGAUCUCUCUUUGGGCAUUUAUUAUAAAAGUACUUAAAUAUGGAGUCUGAAGAUGACAUUCAGCCUCUGAUUGAGGAGGAAGUUUUAGAGUAUGCUACAUCUAGAGAUCUUUAUUUAGAAUUAAAUACUCAGAGAAUUCAUACAGAUCCAGAAUUUGAGCAGGUAGUAUAUGGCUACCGGAGGAGCAGAUGGCGGACCAACCUGGUGCAUUUCUUCUCGGUGCUGUUCUGCGGGAUACCAGCAUUAUUGUUCCAUUGGUGUCCCACAUGGUAUCUUUAUGCGACCUGCACGAGGGCUUGCUUCCAGCUUGCGGACCAAGUUUUAGUGGUGGAAACAUACCAGAAGAAAUGCAAGACAUACUACAUACACAAAAUUAUAGAGAAGACAAUAGCGGAUACAAGCGGAUUGCUGAACGAGGGAUUCGCCGAUGAGGCCGGCGAGAAGAUACCGCACAAGGUUGGGGACCUAUAUACGCCGCUCCACCUGGAUGAUGGCACCACACUGAACGUGGACAGCUACCGCUACUUCAAGCAUAAAAAACAGUUUCUUGUAUGGGACGGUUCGCGAGCGCAAUGGGCCCUGCUCGCCGGAGUGGAGAGCGGUGCCACAUGCGCGCAGCUGCACGCCAUGGGGGCUGUGUCGCCGGGAGCCGAGAAGAGAUCACGGAUGUUAAAUAUCUACGGUCUGAACGAGAUCAAAGUCCCAGUCCAAAGCAUCAUGACGCUCAUUCUGCUAGAAGUGGUGAACCCUUUCUACGUGUUCCAACUGUUCACUAUAGCCGUGUGGCUGGCCGAGCCGUACUAUUACUACUGCGGGGCCGUGGUGCUAAUGUCUACGUUCGGUGUGGCCACGUCUGUCAUACAGACCAAGAAGAACCAAGAAAGCCUCCGCGCCACAGUGGAAGCGCACGCAUCUGUACAGUUACUCGACGGACUGGAUGUGGACUCCCGGGCCGUAGCCCCGGGUGACGUCAUCACGCUGCCCCCGCAUGGCUGCGUCAUGCUGAGCGACUGCGUACUCCUGACCGGCUCCGCUAUCGUCAACGAGAGCAUGCUCACAGGUGAAUCCGUUCCUGUGACCAAGACGGCGUUACUGCGAGUGGACAAGCCAUUCCAUUUCAAAGAGCACGCGUCCAGUGUCCUUUUCUGUGGCACACGCGUCAUUCAGACUAGAUAUUACAACAACGAGCCCGUUAGAGCGUUGGUCCUUCGAACCGGAUACAACACGAGCAAGGGUCAGCUGGUCCGCAGUAUCCUCUACCCCACGCCGGCCGACUUCAAGUUCGACCGGGAUUCCUACAAGUUUAUUAUAAUAUUGGCGGUCAUUGCUUUACUGGGACUGGCUUAUACUGUUGCUCUCAAGGCCUAUCGUCACCUAACUCCCGGCGACAUAGCCAUAAAGGCCCUCGACAUAAUAACCAUAGUGGUGCCGCCGGCUCUACCCGCCGCCAUGACAGUGGGCCGGCUGUACGCGGUGUCGCGGCUCAAGCGCGCGCGUGUGGCCUGCCUUAACACGAGAGCGGUCAAUGUGAGCGGGUCGCUGGACUGUAUAUGUUUCGAUAAGACCGGCACCCUGACCGAGGACGGGCUGGACAUGUGGGGCGCCAUCCCUGUGAGCUCCGCAGUCUCCCCGCCGCGCCUGUCGCGACCCGUGCGGGACCCGCGGCAACUCAACGACCUGCAUGACCUCAAGCUCGGCAUGGCGGCCUGCCACAGCUUAACCUUGCUCAACGGGGAACUAGCCGGGGACCCGCUGGACCUUAAGAUGUUCGAAUCGACUGGUUGGACGUUGGAGGAGCCUGCCGUGCCCGAGACGACCAACUAUGAACUCCUCACACCAACUAUCGUACGACCGUGUAGAACUGCCAAUAUCAACGUUGACGAUGUGCAUCUGCCUCUAGAAGUGGGAAUAGUGCAGCAACACCAAUUCGUGUCGUCCCUCCAACGUGCCUCCGUAGUAGCAAGAAUAUUGGGCGAAGAUGUCCUCAGGGUGUACUGCAAGGGCGCGCCCGAGAUGAUCCGGACGCUCUCCAGGAAAGAGACAGUACCCGAAGACCUGGAUGAAAUCCUCCACUUCUACGCGGAAAAAGGGUACCGCGUGAUCGCAGUAGGCACACGAAUGCUCGAGAAGACGCAUAGAGAGCUUCAGAAGAUGACCAGAGACGAGGUGGAAUGCGAGCUGGAAUUUCUCGGGCUGGUGAUAAUGGAGAACCGUCUUAAGCCGGCCACCACCCCCAUCAUCCAUGAGCUCAAAGAGGCCAACAUACUGGUCGUCAUGAUCACUGGUGACAACAUCCACACGGCGGUGAGCGUGGCCAAGGAAUGCGGCAUCCUAGCCCCGGGCGAGCGCGUCGUGCACCUCUGCGUGGAGAGCAGCGGGCUCGUGCCCGUCGUCUGCUGCGAGAGCUCCAGGCAUGGGGCCCCUAUAGGAAGACGAACUGCGCUAACUAGAUCCUGGCGUUCCGUGGACAGCGGCAGAGGCUCCUCCCGGAGUGCCCUGACAGACUCAGAGGCCCCGGCUGAAGACCCUAACUACAAGGUCGUCAUGACUGGAGACACGUGGAAGGUAUUGCGCGAGCACUACCCGCAGCAAGUGGCGCGGGUGAUCGAGCGCGGCGCCGUGUUCGCGCGCAUGUCGUCCGACCAGAAGCAACAGCUGGUCACCGAGUACCAAGCGCUGGGGUACUAUGUUGGCAUGUGCGGCGACGGCGCCAACGACUGCGGAGCCCUGCGCGCCGCGCACACCGGCAUCUCUCUCUCGGAACUGGAGUCCAGCGUCGCAGCCCCCUUCACCUCCUCCGACCCCGACAUCGUCUGCGUGGCGAGGGUGCUCCGCGAAGGCCGAGCCGCCCUAACCACAAGCUUCGGAGUCUUCAAAUUCAUGGUAGCAUACUCCUUAACAGAAUUCUUCUCUGUCGCGUUUCUGUAUUAUUUCGACUCGAAUUUGACUGACUUCCAAUUUUUAUAUAUAGAUGUCGCUAUGAUUGUGAAUUUCGCGUUCUUUUUCGGCAUGACCGAGGCUUAUAGAGGGAAAUUAUGUAAAAUACCACCUCUAACGUCUCUACUUGGAUUGGUACCUUUAGUGUCAUUAAUCGGCCAGAUGAUUCUAAUUGGCGUAGCGCAGUAUUUCAGUUAUUUCGCUUUAACUUUCUUCCCGUGGUAUGAGAGGCAUUUAUAUGAAGGUGAGGAGGCUAACGAGUGUUGGGAGAAUUAUGCCAUUUUCACAGUUUCAAUGUUCCAGUAUAUAGUCAUGCCUAUAGUGUUUUCACACGGCGCGCCGUAUAGAAGAUCUGUCGUCACUAAUAAAUACCUAAUGAUCAGUGUGAUUAUAAUGACCGCUAUAUCGAUAUACAUAACGGUUGCCCCGGCAAAAUUCUUAGCAGAAUUUUUACAACUUAAAAUGCCGAAAGAUAUCUUACUAAGUUAUAUAGUUUUAGCUAUAGCCUCGUUCCAUUUUGUGAUAGCGUUGUUUUUUGAAAGAGUAAUUGUACAGUAUCUUAUGGAAAGAAAAGAGAUGGUACCGAAAUGUUUGAAGGAAAGACGAGUUAGGAAGACUCCGCAUCUUAUGAUUAAAAGGGAAUUGACAGAUUUGGACUAUUUGGAAUGUGAUAGUGAGAUAAAGUUUGUGAGAGAAGGGAGCUCGGGCAAAUGAGGCUAAACUACUUAAGUUAUACAAAUAUAUAAAUACACAAACGGGUCUACCGCGGUAUAAUUUCAUUGUUGUUUUUCCGUGACUACAGCUGGUGCAACUCAGCUGAAACGUCGGAAUUUAAAGUACAAACAAUGAAAUUAUAUCGCGGUAGGCCCGUUUGUGUAACUAAAUAUGUGUACAAAACGCGAGAGUUUAAAGUGUUAAGUUAUACAGGAUGUAACCAUUCGUACAAAAAUAUUUCUUUGAUGGCUUAGCCAUAUAUUUAAACAAAGAAUUGAAACUGAUAUUAUUUAGUUUUCGCCGUGCGCGCAAGAAAUACAUAUAAUAUGUAUGUCGUUUUUAUUACUUUUUUUGUGUAUUCACAAAUCGAUGGUUGUAGAUCGAUAUUAUAACAUUACAAUUAUCGUAUAACGAUUGUAUUUACCGUUUGGUAUUAUUGUAAGAAUCAUCUUCCAUUCAUUUGACAUAUUACCUCUUCACCGACGGAUUUAGUACUUUUAAGUAUAAGUAUUGUAUUUUUUUCUAUAAACAAAAAUAAACAUAAUUUUAUUGCAUAUUGCUUAACAUGAAUUAACUUAACCCUUUCAAUGCCAAGUGUUCCAUUAUGAACACACCUAGCGUGUUGUGUUGCGUGUAAUAUGUAUAUUUCGUUUUAUAAUUUAUUUACAUUUAUAUAAUAAUAAUUUCGUGUAUUUUCAAUGUAUUGUUAAUAUAUUAUAUUAUAAGCCUAUACGGUGUCCCACUGCUGGGCAAAGGCUGGGCUUUGGGUAUUGUUAAUGUCAAUUGAAAAAAAAAACUAUUCGCAAACUAUCCAAAGUUCGCUUAUGAGCUUAUCUAUUAUGACAUUUUUAUUCGACUUUACUGUAUUUUCGUGCAUUUUUGCAUAACCCUUGCAUUCUUUAUGUUGCAGUAUUUUUAUCGUUACGAUUUUUCUAUGAAUUUUACUAUUAACAUUAUUUUAAUUUAACAUAGUUUUAAGUUUAAGCACAAUGUGAUAGUAUACCGGACGUACACAAAGAUGAGUGCCUUAUGAGUUUAUUUAGUAGUAAGAAUAUUAUAUUAUAUGUAAGUGAAAAUGUGAAAACAUUCCGAAUAUAUCGUUGGUGCUGUGCAUACCAAAUGUUAGACUAAUAUUUUUAUCUAAUCUUUCAUUUUAUUCUCAUCUGCGAGAGACGAAAGUAUGUAUUAACCUUUUGAACGCCACAGACGGCAAUUGACGUCAACGCAAAAUCGUGAUAACGACGCCAAAGACGGCAUUUGACGUCGAUCGUGUUUUGAUGAAAAUCUAUUGAAAAACACCCCACUUUUAGGUUGGCAUUAUUUAUUUACAAAACUAAAUUUUACUCCCGUGGCGUCAGUGGCAUGGCAAAUGGAUGCGCCGUUUGGCGUUCAAAAGCUUAAAGCCAUCAUAAGAAGUAGUGUACCUUCAAAAUAUACGGAACGAAUAGAACCAUGUAACAAAUCUGAGAAAAGCAUACCGCGAUCCACUUCAUUCGCUCGAAUAUAUGAAAGUGGUAGAGAGACAGUACGAACGUAGGUAAUUUCACUCAUUUCGGCUUUCGAAACGUCACUGUAUUGUAUUAAAUUCUGAAUUUAAACUAGUGUAAGUAAUCGAAUUGUUUAGCAGAUCUUAUGAAUUAUAAUAAUUUCUUAUGACUUUGUUAUCGGCGGCUGAAAGGACCUUCGCACAAAUAUGUAAUAUGAAUAUUACGCACAUUUUGUGUCUUAAUUUAGUCCACUUGUCGAAUAAGUAAUUAACUAUUCUUUUGAUAUGAAUUGUAUUUAUACAGGCUCUAUAGUUUUGUGACUUUCGAACGAGUUAUGAUAUUAUGAAUGUGACUUAUGAAAUUAAUACUUCGAGUAUGAACGUUAUAUAUUUUAGAUCUAUAUUUUAUUUUUAUUUAACAGUUUACAAUUUCAUUACAUCUAGUUUGUGAAACAUUAUAAAUCGUAAUCUUAAAUCCUCUAGAAGCAUCAUACCCAACCCAAUAUAAUAAAUAUAUUAAUGGGAGCCAUAUUUUCAAAGUCGACUUUAUUCUCUGAUAGUAAGUUAAAUCAAAGGGAUUAAAAGGAUCAAAUUGAACUUACUAAACUAUCUUACAAUGACAAACUAAAUGUAAUAAUUGUACGUGAUGUACCAUUGAUACCUUCGGGUAUUAAUCGUAUCUUGUGGAUACUGAUGUGUAGUGAGCAAAAUAUUUCAGUAAUAAAAGUAAUUUAAUUUA